UGUUCCGGUGACGUCCGUAGCUCGCUGUUCGCACCCCGACAGAUCAAGCGGCCCGUGAAAGAUCACGUGCGAUUUGUUUACCGCGGCGACUGUCAACUAUUUUUUACGGCUCCUUUGUUUCCACGAACGAUUUUUUUUCGAUUUUCUAUUUUUUUUAUUCGUUCUGUUUGUCGAGAUUGUGUGUGCAUGUUUGGACGGCUUUUGUUCCGAAAAGGAAGUGCGGUUUUUUGUUGUUGAUGUACCGCGAGAAAAUCGCAUCAGGUUUGAGAACGGUAUCGAGUGAAAACAGAGUAGUAUCCACUAUCAAAAUGUAAUUUUCGUGAAACUACUCCAGUGAAAUCCAAUCAGCAUGCCACAAACUGUCUUGAGAGGAUUUGGUCAUCACAACCAUCAGAACACUCACAAUCACAACGGUCAUAUAGUACAAAACGGACAUAACGGUUUUAUAUCCAACGGUCACAACGGUUAUAACAGUCAUCACGGACAUACUGUACAUAUCAGUGCUCAUAAUAACGGACAUACUGGAUAUAAUGGUCAUAACAAUCACGGUGGAUUUAACUAUAAUGGUCAUCCGACGAUUUACCAGCAAAAUGGACAUGCUAAGACCAACGGACAUACAGCCGCCAAUGGUAGUGCAAGGGCAUACAUGAAUGGGCAUGCUAUUAAACCAGAAGAUAAGCAAUCAACAUUAUCUAGGUAUUGCACAACAGAUCGUCGAAAAACCACUUGCAAUUACAACGCCAUCAGAAGAUCUUGUAGGGAACGAGGGUGUCUCUACGAAGAUCUCGAAUUUCCUGCAACUUCCAAAGCACUCUAUCACCACAAGAAACCGCCCUUGAGUCCUAUUGUUUGGAUGAGGCCACACGAAAUUUGUCAGCGGCCUCGUUUUAUGGGCGAUCCAAACGAUGAGAACGGCAAAAAAUUUUCUGUGGAAUCAGGAGAAUUAGGAGACCAAUGGCUAUUAGCAGCUGUAGCAUCAUUAGCGCUUACACCAAAGUUCUUAGAUAGAAUAGUACCACCUGAUCAGGGAUUUGAUACGGCUUAUUCUUACUGCGGGGCUUUUAGGUUUCGUUUUUGGUUUUUUGGGGAAUGGAAAGAUGUCAUUGUCGACGAUAAACUUCCAACAUACAAAGGACGACUGGUUCAUUUACACUGUUCAAAUAAUUCCGAAUUUUGGGCAGCACUUUUGGAAAAAGCAUACGCCAAAUUUUAUGGAUCUUAUGAACAACUUCUGCAGGGUUCGACAACAAGAGCUCUACAGGAUCUCACCGGAGGGAUAGUACAAAGUUUUGGAUUGUCACAUCAGGAUAGAUUUUUAACCUUUCAAGUACUGAACAGUGCUGUACCUAGAUCUAGUCUUCUUAUUGCAACAAUUACACAAGAAAAAGAUGGUAAACGACAGUUGAGGUUGCGCAAUGGUCUAAUAACGCAACACGCAUACAGUGUUACCGGCCUAGCCAGAGUCAGAGGUGUAAACGGAGAAGUACCAUUAGUCAGGCUUCGGAAUCCGUGGGCGAAAGGAGAGUGGACAGGUCCAUGGAGCGAACGAUCUUGGGAGUGGGACGGACUAUCAAAUAGAGAUAAAGAACUAUUAAGCGUUAGAGUAACCAACGAAGGCGAAUUCUGGAUGUCGUUUGAUGAUUUUUCUCGACAUUUUACCCAAUUGGAUUUGGUUCAUAUAGGUCCUGAUGACUGGAUGAUGGAAGGAGCAUUGCAUUCGAAACUUCCCUGGAGGGCAGUACUAGCAAGGAGAAGAUGGAGGGCGGGAUACAAUGCUGGAGGAGGGCCAUCUUACAUUGAAACAACAUCAAUGAAUCCGCAAUUUCACGUCCAAAUUCCUAGGACAUCGACGAACAAAUGCCACGUGGUGGUGUCGAUAACUCAGUAUUACGAAACGAAUAUGAUAGAUUGUAAGAAAAAGCGACCCCUCUACGCCAUUGGAUUCGCUGUAUACGAGGUACCUCAUUCCAUGCAAAGACUGACCCCGCAUUUUGUCACUGAACAGAAACCCUUAGAUGUAACCAAUCACUCCAUAGCAAGAGAAGUAGUCACUUUUUUCACCCUACCCCCCGGAGAUUACAUCGUCGUACCACAAACAAAUAUUCCAAAUUUAGAUGGGAAGUUUUUACUAAGGAUAUUCACUGACGAACAGAGUAAUAUAUGGGAAGUUAACGAAGAUAAUAUGAUUAUCAGAAAUAUAGCUUCAGAAUUUAUGGACGAGUCGAACUCACCUUCUUCGGGAGAUGGUAAAUCGAGCCUUACCAAAUUACUGAUAAAAUAUCCCCCGGAAAUCGAUGCUAGUCAGCUACAAAAAAUCCUAAGGGCUCACUGGAGACUAUAUUUAUCAGAGAAACCGAGCUUGGAGUUGUGCAAGAGUUUAAUUAUGCUAAGAGAUUUCAAUAUUAGCGGGAAAAUCAAUUUGAUGGAUAUCCCAACGCUGAUGCAAAUGUUGCAGUACUGGAGGUUGGCUUUUCAAAAAUUCGAAAGGAGUCACAAUUGCGGCAAAACUUCCAGUUACCACUUGAGGGCUUUGCUUUGGGAAGCCGGCUGUACUGUUAGCAAUAAAGUUUUGGAAUGUUUAAUUUUACGAUUUACCAAAAAUAGAAUCUUGUCUGCGGAAAAUUACAUAAUGGCGCUGGUACGGUUGCAUCUUUCUCAUGAAAGGUACCAUAACUUAGAUACAAAGAUGAAAACCAAUCCAUUAUCUCUUGAAGAAUUGAUCCUGAUGACCAUCUACUCGUAGAAAACGUGCGAGCGUUUUCCGCCUAACAAUGAAAACCAAAAACCAAAGAAAAUUUAUAAGUAUACAAAACAUUUUAGUCAUGUAUUAAAUUCUUACCUU